CGUGUCGCUUGCCUCGCGAAAGUCUUCGAGUUGAACUAACUCUAGAGCGUGUAUGACGGACUGGAGAGGGAGGGCGGGCGGCUUAUUGUCAGUGUUAAGCAUAGUCAUGAGUUCGAGGUUUUCUUCGAUCAGAAAGUUGAGGCGAAGUGGCGGGAAUCGAGCGUCUUCUUGUUAACGAUUUAAAUAAACACAUAAAAACAAGAAAAUAUAAAUAAUAACGAUAGAAAGAAACAUCAAGAAGUAAAUUAGAAGGGAAAGGAGAGAAAAAAAAAGAGGUUAGGAAAAGGAUAGAAAAGAACGAGUCGCCGAUCCAUGUGGAGGUUGUUAUUAGAUGAUAGACAACUUUAUAGGAUGAUGAAAUUAAACGGAAAUGCAAUUUAUUGAGGAAGGAUAAAAGGAGUAAAAAUUAAUCCCGGCUGUGUUUGUGUUUUCGGACACGACGACAAAACUGUGUGUGUGUCUCUCUCUUUCUCUCUCUCUCUCUCUCUCUCUCUCUCUUUCUUUUUCUCUCUCCGUCGUUAUCGUAUUCUUCAAUCGUCGAUUAUCCUCGUCAUUGUCGUACGUUAAUAAAAUAAAAUAAAGCAAUUGGAAAGGGACAAUAAAAAAAAGAAGAAGAAAAGAAAAGAAAAGAAAAAAAAGAGAGAAAAAAAAAUAAGAAGAAGAGGAAGAAAACAAAGGUAAUUCACCCUGAGUUCGAUCUGGUCGUUUGUCUGUCUCUGUCUGGUAGAGACGUCCGUAACGGAUCCGUAAGAAAGAGGAGAGAAAAGAAAAGAAAAGAAAAUUGAAGAAGAGAGAACAAAUAAAACUGAAAAAGAAAGGAAGAAAAAAAAAGAAAAGAAGGAAGGAAGGAAAGGAAAGGAAAGGGAAAAAAAAAGCAAUAAAAAGAAAAUAAAAAGAUCUUUCGUAUGAUCGAGAUUCGCACAAGAAAAAAAAAAAAGAGGAAUCAUGGCUACGGUCUUCGAGAGUCCAUUUCUAUCGAACCGACUGCGUCAAAUCGAAGAACGUUACGAACCGAGCACGUUUGGCAGGUGCGAUUGCACGAGCUAUAGUUAUUUAUCGUUGAGUGUCAUUCUCUUCACGGUCGGAACAGCGAUCACCGUAUUUGCGCUCGGCGAUGUCGCUGAGGGAUACGUAUUUUCCAAUUUGGGCCACAUGUGGCUCAUAGGUCCGAUCUUUAUAUGUUCCGGACUGAUGGUCGCCGUUAAGUGUAUGCUAUAUCUUAGAAGAAAGUCCGUCAUACAGAUGAUCUUUCAUCAACGACAACUUUUCAGGCAUUUGCAGGAACUGGCAGCUUCUCCGAGCGUCGGUACAAGCGGUAUGGGUACUCCCGGACCACCUUCUUACGAAGUUAUUACGCAAGCUCAAGGAUCAAAUGAAUUGCCACCUCCUUCAUACGCGGAAGCUGUUUCUCUUUUACGACAAGCAGGAAUUAAUGAUACGAAACUGGAUUGUGGGACUGUUUCGUGCAGUACCAUCAAUGUCGAUGAGAAUAUGCGUAGCAAACCUUGAGGUACGUUUUGAAUUCUGUAAAGGUAAUCGACUUGGCCUAUUUGAAGAUAUUAGCAAAGACGAGAAGACUUUAAUGUCUCUCAUUGCUGAAGAGUAUCUUGUUUGGAUGGCUAUUCAUACGAAACAAUUUGAUACUGUUUCGAAUUUAUAACAAAGCAUUCUGAGAAAUAGAUCAGCAGGGUGUAUUUAAAAUCCAAUUGGUUUUGGAUUUUUUAUAAAAUCGCUAUUAGUGGCUUCCAUUUAAUAUUAAUAUUAUUAGGACAAUUGAGAAUGAAUUAUAAUUCAACUAUGACCUACACUUGUUGGAGAAAAUCCAAUAUCAUGCGCAUAGUUUCUUCUUUUCAUCUUGUGUUUGUAAAGAUAACAAACACGCACAGCUAGGAGAGCACUAAUAAAACGUAUAUGAUUGAGGAUUAAGUUUGAUGAAACCAAUUACAAAUAGAAUGUUUAUUCAGUAAUUUCCUAGAAAUAUGUAAGUGUUUGCUUACAUAAAAGGAAAAUGAUACAAUGUAUAUAAACAGACUAUUAUAAUAUUUCAUAAGAGUGGGAUACUUAAUAUCAAAUUGGUGCUAAAUAAUGAAUUAUGUACUAGACAAAACAUUAGUGAAGUAAUUUCCUUUGUGUGCUGGCUGUAGGCUUAUACUUAAUACAUUGAGUAAUUUUUGAAAGUAAAUAAAAUUUACUAUUCAUUAUGCAUUUAGUAAAUCUUUUUUUUACAAAUAUUUAAAUAAACUAGCAAGUGUCAAAUUUGCAUAUUACGUUACGAUAUAUAUAUAGAGCUCGUCCUGUAGUGAAUGUUACAUUAUCACCACAUGUAUAUUUUAUCUGAAUUUGAAAUAACGAGUCUAUGUCAAGAAGAGCCGGUAGUAGUAAUAAGUAAUAUGGGAACUAAGUGCUUUAUAUGUUCAUAUUUAGAACGAAAGAAAAAAAUGUAUUACGCUUGUUAUAUGGUCACGUAUGCAUUACGAUUAUAGAUAAUAUUACGGUAUUUGUCGAAGCUACGUAUGAUAUAGCUUCGUAGAUGCAAUGUACUUCAAUGUUUGCAAAUUUUGUAACUGCAAGAUGCUUGUCUUUGUACAGAAUUUCUUAUUGACUUUUAUAGAAUUAUAUUUACAUAUAGAGCAGGCCAUGUGUGUCAUCUAACGCAAGGACUUAAGCAAAAGCUUGCUGUGAUGUACUAAGCACUAGUCAAUGUGGGAACGUAGGAAUGGAGAAUAUUUUUAUGAAAAAAAAAUCUUCCAAGUGACAAAGUGCCUUAAAAUUUUUUCAGUAGUAUACAAAGUAGAUAAAACAAAAACCAUUUGCACAAUACAAUAGCAUGGACGUAGCAUAAAAAUCAUAUUUACUUGUGUAUAUAUUUCACAUAAUGUAAUAUUAUUAUAUGAGACAUAUACAUUGAUAUAUAUGCUAUGUAUGUGUUAUAAACUUAAUGGCCAUAUUUCUUUCACGAAUGUCAACUGAGUUUUAUUAUCUCCUUACAUUUGUAUGAUAAUUUUAUUUUACUAUUAAUGAAAUAUUUUCAGUUGGAUUCUGUGAAAGAAAUAUAAUUAGUACCUGUGCAUUAUCCGAUGAAAUGAAUGUACAAGACAUUUAUAAAAAAGGAAAGUGAUAAAGAACUUCCCCUCGAUUAGCAAUCUAGUUACAUGCAACUUUAUCAAGUAUGAUUUUGUAUAAAUUUUAAUUAAUUCAAUGCAUGUUAUCAAACGAUAGCAGAAAGUGGAAAACAUGGCAAUUGUAUGUAAUAUAUUUAGAUGAAAGAAGCAUAUUUUUAUAUUAUACAUAUACAUUCAUAUGUAUGACCUAUACAUCGCCAAAAUUAUAAUCAAGUUAAUAUCAUUUUGACUCUCUGUUUUUUGCUGUUAGCAAAAUAUAUCUCACAUUAAAUAGAAGUGAAUAUAAUACUGUAUAGGCACAUUUGAACAAAGAUUAAUCUGAUUAUAAUUCGUGUUACACGGUAAGACUGUUGCUGCCUUAAAUAAUUAGACCAUGAUUACCAACAGAGCAUGUGAAUUUUAAUUAUCAUACAAGAAAUGCACACAUAUUCUUA